GUGGAAAUAGGGGAAGGGGUCAGAUUUAUCCUGAUGGUAGCAAAAGUAACAAUACAGUUUAUAAUGCUACGGCAGGAGGGAUAAUAAGCAAAAUUUUACGAAAAGAAAAAGGGGGAUACGAAAUAACCAUAGUGGAUGCAUCGAAUGAACGCCAAGUAAUCGAUAUUAUCCCUCGAGGCCUAGAACUUCUUGUUUCAGAGGGCGAAUCCAUUAAACUCGAUCAACCAUUAACGAGUAAUCCUAAUGUGGGUGGAUUUGGUCAAGGGGAUGCGGAAAUA